AUGGCGACGUUGAGGGCGGCGAUGAAGCUUAAGAAGAAGGCCAACGUGAUCCAGGCCAAGUCUGUCAUGUCAAAGUACAUCGUGGACCCGAGGACCUCGCGCAUGCAGUCCUGGAAGAACUGGAUGUUCGUGAACAUCAUGUUCACCGUGCUGGUGACCCCGUGGCGAAUAAGCUUCCGGUGCCCGGCGCACGCCUUCGGGUUGACGCUGGCCGCGAUCGCCAACAUUUCUUUCAUCGUGGACACGGUGCUGCACUUUUUUACGGCGGUGGUGACGGAAUCAGGCCUGCUGACCGAGCGCAAGGAGAUCGCACGGCGGUAUAUCACGUCGUGGUUUUUUCUCGACCUCGUGACCUGUUUGCCGUACACAACCCUGCUCCGGAGCGUGGUCCCUGCCAGCUUGAGGGUGAUGGCGCCGAUGCGAGGGUUGCGCUUGCUGAAACUGCUAAAGGUGGUGAAGGUCUACACGUUGCACUACGAGGUGAGCCCCGUGGCCAUGAGCAUCGGGAAGACCCUGGUCACAGUUAUUUUGGCGGCACAUCUUCUGAGCUGCUUCUGGUUCUGGGUCCACUGCUAUGACGACCUCCUAGCGGGGGUAGAAACAGAAUGGAAGCAGUGCGGAUCAUCAACAUCUGUGGCAAGCCAGUACCUGUCGUCUUUUUACUUCAUCAUCUACACCAUGAUGACGGUCGGCUACGGAGACCAACACGCAAAUCCUUCUGACAAAAAGGGGCUGAUAUUGAGCGUGUUCAUCCAGCUUACGGGGGCGACGCUCUUCGGUUUCAUCAUCGCGGCCACGAGAAGAAUAGUGCAGUUUAUCGCCCCCAUCCAGAAGGUCACCACCACCAACCUACAGAAAAUUUCUGAGUAUGCGUUGGAUCGAAGAUUGCCGGACGGCAUUAGCUCUCGGAUAAAACGACACUUCCGGUAUUUUUAUUUCAAGACGAGCGUUUUCGACGAGAGGGCGGUGAUGGAGCAUGUGCCGUGGCAGAUAUGCCAGGAGGUGAUGUCCAAGACGCAUGCCGUGGCCAUCUCGGCCACGGGGCUCUUGCAGGGCCACGACUUCUCGCCUAUCGCGCUCAUGAGGCUGGCGAGGGCGAUGAAGCCGAUGGAGCUGGACAGCGGGGAGGAGGCGAUACUGCAGGAGGAUACCGUGCUCCAGGCGUACUUCGUCAUCAAGGGAAGGGUCGAGGCCUACGUGCACGAGGAGGCAACCUUUGUCGCUGCCUCCCCGAGCGACCUGCUUUGGCUAGACCAGUCAGAUCUCAUCGCGGCCAUCGACGAGCACCCGGACAUCAAGGGUUGCCUCGAAAAGACGGCCUUUGCCGACCACCACGUGUUGCGGGAAGCUGUCAAGUCGCCGACUAUCACCAAAGAAGGGCUCAAGCUCAAGCAGAUCACUCUCACCGACUUCAAGUCUUCCGACUUGAAGCAACAGCUCAAGCACACGGACGUUAGGAAUCUCUGCAUGGCUGCUAGCGCCGACCAUUUAGCUGCCGCGGCGGCUAGCCAAGCCGCCGCGGCUUCACACGGAGGGAUGGUGGGCAUGGUGCACGACAUACAGCACAUGGCGGCGUUCGGGGGGAAGGGAGUGAGGGGGAGACUGAGGAGCUUUGUGGGCUCCGUCCACGGGGUGCUUCGAGGGCAGAAGAUGCAGAUGAGGCUUGUGAGAACCUGGCGAGGAGGCGACUAUGGUUUUGGCGAGGUCCUCGACGGGACGGGGAAGGUGGUCAAAGGAGUUUCAGAGACGGAAGAGACUCCCGAGGAGCUGAACCAUCGGGCGAUCAUACUGCCGGACCAGCCGAUCAAGCUACGAUGGGACGUGGCCAUAUCUAUGGUGUGCGUUUUGGUCGCCGUGCUCACGCCCUACAGGAUGGCCUUCGCGCACAACGAUGCACUCUCGUGGUGUAUAUUCGACGCUGCCGUGGAUAUAUUCUUCGUAAUCGACAUCUUGCUUCGGUUCCGCACAGCCUACAUUGGCAACGCGGCAGACAACGUGAUCGUGUACAUCACGGUUCCAGGGAUGAUCUUGAAGAACUACCUUCGGGGAUGGAUGCUCUUCGACAUAGCCAGCACCAUUCCGGGUUAUCUGUUCGACGUUUCCGACCGAGUUUUUAGGGGCCUUGUCGUGCUGAAGCUGUUGCGGAUCGGGAGAGCGCCGGCGCUAGCGAAACAGCUGCACCGCUUGCGCGAGCAGGAAGCACUGGCGAGCGGAGGGGCUAAGCGAAGAAGAUGGGUCCGAGGGAUGAACGUCGACGUCCCUCGGUGGUGUCUCGACGUAGUGCAGAUUCUGGUGGUCAUUUUGUACGCGUCGCAUGUCUUCGGGUGCUUCUGGUGGGUAAUGAGCCGAUACGACAACGACGAAUCCUGGUGGCAAAGGGACGGCUUAGAUGUCGAUGACGCCACGUCCACCUACAUUGCCUCUCUCUACUGGGCAGCAACCACCAUCACAACGGUGGGCUACGGCGAUUUGGUUCCAACGAACGAUCUGGAGAGGAUGAUUGCGUGCCUGACCAUGGUUUGCGGGACAACCAUGUUCUCGUACGUCAUCGGUAGCGUCUCCACGCUUGUCAUGAAUCCAACUGGGGGAAACGUGCGGCGUAACUUGGAGCUGAAGAACGUCGAAAACUAUCUGGAGGAGCAGAAAGUCGGGGCUCAUCUGGGCGACUCUGUGCGGACACACAUGAUGUUCGUGACGGGUGCGAGGAGUGCCUGGAACGAAGAUCACAUCCUGUCCAGACUACCCCCUCGACUCCAGGAGAGGGUCUUGGAGCACGUCCACAGGGACGCAGUGCUCAUCAUCCCGGUCCUCAAGACGCGACCACCGAGUUUUGUGUCUGCGAUCCUCAAGAACCUUCGGCCGAGACAGUAUUCACAGGGAGAAGUAGUCUUCCAAAGCCUACACAUGAGUCAGGGGGUGUACUUCGUCACUAAAGGGAUCGCCGAGGCUUACGUCAGAGUCACGGGCGGCGCCGGGACGGAGGAGGAGAAGGUCAAGGGGAUCGUGUCCACCGGAAAGUUCUUCGGCUACACCAGGUUCCUCGCGUCGUUCCUUGAGGAGGACAUGGCGGUCAAGGCUUUCACGCAACUCUAUGUAUACCUGCUGUCCAACAGCAGCAUCCGAUACCUCCUGCAGUACCACCCCUUUCUCGCGGAAGAGUUGAGGAUGGGUCUGGAAGCAGCCAUUUUCCAGCAAGCCAGGUACUCAACACGAGGUUCAAUUUUCGGACUUGUUUUAUGCUUCACCAGUAGUCUUAAUAGUGGUGAUACAUGCAUGGUGGGAGAUUGUGGAAUCGUCUUGUGGAUGGAGUUGUCCUUCCGCUGUAAGACACCUCCUUUGGUCAGAAGAAGAUUCAUCGCGUCAAACUGGUUCCUUUAUUCUCUCGGCCGGAAAGCGAGGAAAUCGCGGCGGAGAACAACAAGCUAG